GUUCUGUAUAUACUCGACCAGUUCCGUAUAUACUCGACCACAUAUCUGCUUGGCUCGAUGAUGUGCUCUUCCUGACGGUCGCACCGUUUUGUAACUCGGUAUGGUACAAAGCCUUCUUCUCCCCCAACUGGCCCACAACGACUACACAUCCUCGCGACGUCUCGACCAUUGGCCGAUUGACAUAGUAACUUCCUUUUUUUCCUUCGACUCCUCGUAUAUGCUUUUUGAUACAUACUUCUUGACUUCGUUUUACGAUUGCUACUGUUCUGAUUUCCGUGAAGGACUUGAAUUGGCUCGUAUUACAGAAUUUCGCUGCAUAUGGGUCCAAGCGAGAUAUAGUGUUGAUCUACUGACAGAACUAGAUACCAGUUCGAUUACUGUACGACCUUCCCAGAUUUCUCUACGUAUAUGUCAUCAUGUUGCCCGUGGGCCCAUAGUCACUCAAUUUCGAGUUCUCGUCGUCGGGGCAAGGUCGUCGGCGGAAGCGCAAGUCGGUGCAACACCGACUUGCGCGGGUCGUCUGCGAUCGCGGUUCAGGAACGCCCUAUGAGUCCGCAAUGCAUGUUGGACCAUCUGAAGGCGCGACUUCAGCGCCG